CUAUGUCUACAAGGCGGUGAUCAUUUGUAGCAGUGAGGUGGGAAGGGAUAGUUGCGCGAGGAUUGCGUGACGGUACCUCUCUUAGUUUAGAGGUUACGGUUGAGCUAGGAACGGAUAGAGAUCGAAAUGUACGGCGGAGGGAUGAAUCAGCAGGGAGGGACGGGCCGAUACGGGAGUCCCGGUAGAAACGAAAACAACGGGUAUGGAGGAAAUAACUGGGGUGGCUACGGGGGGAACGGCGGCAACAGUGAGAACGGAGGGAACUAUGGGGGAAGACAGUCGAUCGAAUGCUAUACAUGCGGGAAAAUAGGACACUACUCACGUGACUGCUGGACUAAGAGGGGUAAGAACGAUGAUAACGAGAUGGAGGAGAUGCGUCAGCAUUAUAGGCAGGUGAUACAAGAGAAACGGGAGGCAGAGGAACGAAGAAGAGAGGAGGAACAGAGGAGGAUACAAGAGGAGAAUGAGAAGAGGCAAGAACACAACUUGAUUCGGAGGACCGAAGAAAUGAGGUUGCAGCUCGAAGCGGGGCUUGAGGAGAAAUGGAGGAAACAGACUAAACAGGCGGAAGAAGCGGCUGCAGCGGCGAAAGCAAAAGCCGAAGAAGCGAAAGCGAAAGCGGAAGAAGCUAAGGCGAAGGCAGAGGAAGCGCGCGCGAGAGUGGAAGAGCAGCGGAUGAGGAGCGCUACGGGAAAUUGCACGCCUUUUCGGUUGAAGAAGAGGAGAAUAAGGGGGGUAGCACUGGAGUCGGGAUCGGAGGAGGACAAGGCGCAAGGUGGAGGCGAUGGGAUAAGGGAGACUGUAUACGAGACAGAGAGUGAAACGACGGACUCGGAGAAUGAACUGCGUAGAGCGAUCGAAUUGCUGAGGAAGAAGAAGAAGAAGAAGAAGAAGAAGAAGAAGGCAAGUACGGUUAAGAGGAGACUCGUGAAGGGUAAGAAAGAAGUAUCACCAGUGAGGAACUGCACGACUACUGAGCGGGGGGAGUGCUCGAAGAAAAGGCAAGGAACGAGAAAUCACGUCGGCAAUGAGGACGACGUGCUGAGGAAUGCGAAUGAUAUCGGAGCCGGGUUUGGGGAGGAGAAGACGAACUGCACGGAGGAGAUUAGCCCGAUGAGAGCGGGCGGUAUAAAGUUCAACGUAACGGGUGCUAACGGAGAGAACUGUGGGGAAGAACCAAGGACCCCGAUGGAUAACGGCUACAAAGGGCUCCCCGCGAAGUGCUCAAGGGAAGGCAUCAUAGAUUAUUGCCUGUCUACGCAAAAGAUCCUGUCAGCAAAGAAGGCAUUCCUGUUGAGAAAGAUCUGCCAGAAGAAGGGCAUCCAGUAUACAAGAAAACCAGAGAUCAUAGAUGUGCUGGCCAGGGAGCAAGUGAUGCUAGCGUACGAGGGUUUCGAAGAGGUCGAGGCAAACGUGGAAGAUAGCAAACAGACGACUGUUAGACUGGGGGAGGGGAUCAAGGGAUCGGCGGGAAAGGGGAAGGUGCACGUACCGAGAUCGUCUGGGAAAUCGUCGGUAAGCAGGGUGGCACGUAUGGGAAGUUUUGUCGUGAUUCCCAUCAGACACGCUAAUGAGACGGAUGAUCGUGCUUUCGAGGCGCAUCUCAUUCGUGAUUUCUCGCCAAAUCUGAACACUUGCAACACGAAGGGUAGAGAAAUGGGAACGAAGCGUCGGGUCAGAAAGGGGAGGCGUGAGAGGAGGAGGAGGAUCGGGAACGAACAACCGAAGGUGAACAAUAUCGUGAGUUUUAAGAUAGACGGCAGGGGGCCGUCACGAGUAUCGUUCCUGUCUUGGUUAGAGGAGGGACACAAAGCUGAUACGAAGAAGGAGAGGCGGGUUAUUUUCCAGAACGGCGAGAUCUGGGCUGACGGCUGGAAGAGGGUGAAGAAACUCUUCGGGAUGACGAACGUGCGACUGAAUAGGAGACUGAAGAAGCUGCAUACAGCAAAAAGAGAACUUCAGAAUGGGGCGGAGGUUACUCUGGUUGGUAUUACGAGGACACCUACAACCACUGCAAGAAGGAUACAAGAGCUUCGGGAGAUACUAAGGAAGCCUUUCAAGGCGACUGAGCUGGUGACGUGGUCUGCUAAUCACUUAGUGGGACUGUACCGAGCAGCGGGCAUGUUCGAUGAUAAGAAAACUAAGAAUGCGCUCCGUUUGAAGAUCGAUCGGGCCAUUAGGAAGAAAACGAAGGUGGUGGUGAGAAACAGGGUGGUGGUGAAAGUGGUUUACGACAAGGAUCUGGUGAAGAAGAAGAUUAGAGAGACCACCGAAGGAGUGUUCAGCAGAUGCGUGAAGGAUCCGGCCAUAGCUAAUCUGGUUAAAAGCAAGAUCAGGGUGACAUGGUGCCGAAAUCGGACCGUGGGGGAUGUGAUUCACAACCACCGGCGUUGCGCCAGUACGAAGGAGGUGCUCUGCACGUGCAGAGGCUUGGACCUACCCAGGCAGGAGGGACAUGUGUUGACACGAUUUUCAGAUUUGAAGGACGUGCCAGUUUUUGUAAAGAAUGCGAAAAAUGUGACAUGUCACACAGGCAUGAGGAAUGACGAGCCCGUGGUGAAGGCUAUUAUGGAAGCCACUGCUCUUCUGAAGAGUAAGCCCGAAGACAUUAGAGUGUCGGCGGGCGGUUUUCUGAAUGGGAAUAGUGUGGUAUGCGAUAGCGGUGCAUGGGACGAUAAUGUUGUGGCACGGUGGGCCAUGAGAUUUUGUGGGAUGGUGCUGGCUCCCAUUGACAGCAACCAAGGUGAUACGGCUGUGGUCUGCCCGGUGUUAUACCGGCAUGCUUUUGGGAAGACGUUUGCGUGGAAUGCAGAUUAUGACAGUGUUUCUCUUGAGGAGAAAGAGUUACUGUUUCAAGCUAAGAAGGACUACGAGGGGGAAGGCUUACCGAGUGUGGCAAGGUGGAAGGUAGACGGUCGGAUUGGGAGGGCGUAUGUUAUCCCGAAGGACAAAGAUGUGACGAGGUGGCGACCUAUAGCACCAGCUACGGGAGAUCCAGCGGGACAGGCUCAGAGGAGGAUUGCGAAGGCUCUGCAUUACUUGAUGAAGCAGUUCCCAGCAGAGCAGUCCUUUUACUUGAACUCAAUUCAGGAGUUGCCGAAGAAACUGGAGACAGCGACAGAGAAACUCACGAAUUCGCAGUGUGUGGAAGUGAAAGGGCGUUGUUACGAUAUAAAGGAUAUGUUCACAAGGAUACCGCAGGCGGCGGUACGCAGGGCGGUGUGGCAGCUACUGGUAUGGUACACGAACAGGGGAUGGAAGCAGGUUAAGGUCUCCAAGAGAGGGAAGCUAUGCACUUUGAGCAAGACAGGGAAGGCAACGGACGGCUACUUCGGGAUAAGCUUCCGACUUAUUUUUGGGAUGGUCAACUACGACCUGAACCAUGAUUAUAUUCGGUGCGGCGAGGAGAUAAAGCGUCAGGUGUCUAGAAUCCCGAUGGGGAAAUCUACAAGCCCCAUCCUUGCUACCAUCACAUGCGCUAUGUCUGAGUACCAGUUUCUUUCUGCUUUGGGUGCGGACAGGUGUCUGGUAGCGGGUUGGAGGGUCGUCGACGACAUCACAGUGGUCGUCGGGCUGAGGCGUGGGCGAGAAGAGGAAGACAAAGACGAGUUUGGAAGUUUUUCAGGCUUUGGAGGCGAGCUAUGACAAGAAUUUACAUUUGGUCAGGAAAGAUGAAACACGGGACUGGUGGCAUUUUCU